GAACGCGUAGUUCACAACCAUCAUGCGCGCGUCCAUGCUCCAAGGGCACUCCCGCCUGCCGCUGCGAUCUUCCAUCCUCCGUGCAUUCAUGGCGACCGCCUCGGUUCCAUCUGCCGCUGGCGAUCCGACGCGCCAUGUUUUGUAUAAGUCUCAUGUGCCCACAUCUCCAGUGCAGAAGAUUGUUGUCGCAGUGGGAUCAGCAGUCGCGGUGAUGGCGAACCCCGAGCGUGGAGACAUGCUCGCGGCGCUUGGCGAUGUCACGGGGGCAGUGGCAAUUCGAAACAUGCAUCUCAAGAUGUCAUCAGACCCUGUUGGGAUGCAAAUCCUGACGGAGAAGCCUCGGUUUCGGUCAAACGUCGUCGACAUCGACGCAUUGCGUGACCUUCCGCACAACACGUUCGGGUAUGCGUACACGCAAUUCAUGGAUGCGCACGGGUUUGAAGCGGAUGGUCGUGCAGAAGUCAAAUUUGUCGACGAUCCCGAGCUGGCCUACGUCAUGCAACGAUACCGCGAACUGCACGACUUUUGGCACGUUCUAUUCGGUCUACCCCCCACCGUAUUCUCCGAAAUCAUCCUCAAGUACGUCGAGCUAGUGCAAACGGGACUACCCGUGUGCACAUUGAGCGGCCUUGUCGGCCCUCUGCGACUCACUUCUCGCGAACGCUGUCAGCUGCUGUGCACAUACAUCCCAUGGGCUUACCGAGCAGGACACCAAGCGCCAUUCCUUAUGAACGUCUACUACGAGCACGAGUUCCACACCCCACUCGACGAACUCCGCGCCCGACUGCGCAUAUUGCUCCCCCCCGCCGUCGCCGAACACUAGCGCGUCCAGCUUGGUAGCGAGAAAUUCGCUGGGAAAGCCCUGUUCACAUCUUGAGAAUGCUGUGGCAUGACUCAAGGGAUAAUGCCGAACGAACCAUGCACAAAGCGGCACUAGUCUACUUUACACCGAAACAUUAUGCUCUGGGUGAGCAAUGCGAUAGAUCUUUGCCUUGAUAACGUCGUCCAUGGCGCAGUCCUCAGGGAGUCGGGCUACCGUGGCCGCUUGGAUGCCUUUCGCCACGUAAUCUUGAAUUAUGUCAAAAGACAAGCCCGCCGCUGUCAACUCGCGCUGCAACAUUUCGUGGGAUACGUCGGCGCGGGGAAUAUGGCAGAGGUAGAACGCCCCAGAUGCAGAUAGCCAAGUGUUGAUAGUUGCGAGAAGAAGGGUCACCAACUCGCUUUUGUACAGGACGUCGCCGGCAACAACAACAUCGAACUUGUCAACGCCAAAGCGUUCACGAAAGACACCAUUGGAGGACUCGUCGCCCCACCACAACGACGUCGUGCCAAUGGAGCCUGGGGAGUUUUGGCCGGUCGUGUUUUUGGACAAGUUGUUCUGGACGUUCCACGCGAGAAUGUCCUUGACUACAUCAGCAUCACCGUCCGUCGCGACCACAGACUUGGCCCCGACCAAGCGAGAGACUAGACUGACAAGGCCCGUGCCUGCUCCCAAUUCCAGCACGCGCUUGCGCGCGACGAUGUUAGGAUGCGCAUGCACGAACUCGGCGAGGAGGUACGAGCCUGGCCAAAUGCGUUGUCCGGAGAUCUCGGACGUCGUCUCGCGCAUUUCGGACAGCAUAGAGAGCGAGCCCGCAAGCGACAGCUCUUCCAUUUGUCGGAUCUGGAACGUUAGGUCCGUCCCAAUGCGGAUGGUUCCCACCGCAUACUCGACUUCUUCGCGCCAAUCUUCAUCGUCCGAGUUCGCCAUGGCAUUCAGUGGCAAC